GGCAUGGCCUGGCCUGGGCAUGCCCUGGGCACGGCCGCCGCCCAAAACAGCCGAAACCCUCCCGGGCCAACCUUCGUGUCGACGUAUAAAUGGGUGGGCGGGGAAGGAGGACUUCAGUUGCAAGCCAUCCUCCGCCGCAGCACCGUGACAGUUUCCAGUGCCUCGUGUCUAGUGCAAGUGCGGAACACCCGGAACAUCCACCACCGCCGCCAUGUGGACGACGUGGACGCAGUGCAGCCUGCUGCUGCUGUGCGCGCUGGCCGCCGCCAGGCAGGUCCCCGGUCGCCGAGUGCCUGCCCAGGCUCUGGACGUGACGGCGACGGCCUCGUCGGAGGCGGUGGGCGAGGCCCCGGAGUCGCUGGCCAACGGCACGAUGCCAUCCCUGUUGUCCGAGAACGAGCGCCAGUCCUUCCUCGAGUGGAUCCUCAGCCUGACGGGCGGCGGCACCACCACCCAGGAGCCCGACCUGGACCCCGUGGUGCCCACCGCGUGCGCCGCCUGCACCUGCGGCCUGACGAACAAGCGCACGCGCAUCGUGGGCGGCCAGCCGGUGCAGGUGAACCAGUACGUGUGGAUGGCCCUGCUCAUGUACGACGGCCGCUUCUACUGCGGCGGCACCCUCAUCAGCUCCAAGUACAUCAUGACGGCGUCGCACUGCGUUGACGGCUUCCAGCGCAAGAAGAUGUCGGCGCGCCUGCUGGAGCACGACCGCGGCACGACCUCCGAGGCCAAGCACGUGGACCGCAAGAUCGCCCGCGUGCUCAAGCACCCCGGCUACUCGGACGUGACCUUCAACAACGACAUCGCGCUGCUGCGCCUGGACAAGGAGGUCGCCUUCGACGACACUCUGCGGCCCGCCUGCCUGCCGCCCGCCGGCAAGUCCUUCUCCGGCAGGGACGGCGUCGUGACGGGCUGGGGCGUGAGCACCCCGGGCGGCAGCACGAACCAGGUGCUGCACGAGGUGGCGGUGCCCAUCAUGAGCAACAAGGACUGCCGCAAGUCCAACUACGGCGCCAAGAGGAUCACCGACAACAUGCUGUGCGCCGGCUACCCCGAGGGCAAGAAGGACUCGUGCCAGGGUGACAGUGGCGGCCCGCUCCACAUCGUCAACGGCACCUUCCACCACGUAGUCGGUGUCGUCUCCUGGGGCGAGGGCUGCGCGCGCCCCAAGUACCCCGGCGUCUACGCCCGCGUCAACCGCUACCUCACCUGGAUCAAGAGGAACACCAAGGACUCGUGCUUCUGCGACCAACAGGGCAACGGUUUCACGCACUUCCCCGCCGAGGGCGCGUCGGGGGUGGCGGGGCCGGCCGCGAACGGUGCUCUUAUUUAUUGGUUCUGUUGA